AUGGCGACUGACUACGGAGUUGAUCUCACCAAUGGUGAGGGCAAGUGCUUCAAGCGUAUCAUUACCGAGGGCAAGGGCUCUGCCAUGCCCCAGACCGGUGACACUGUCUCGGUCCACUACACCGGCACCUUGCUUGACGGCUCUGUCUUCGACUCGUCUGUCGAGCGUGGUGAGCUCUUCACCUUUGAACUCGGCCAGGGCCGCGUCAUCAAGGGAUGGGACACUGGAGUGGCGACGAUGAAGAAGGGCGAGAAGGCCAUGCUCACGUGCAAGCCCGAGUACGCAUACGGCGCGCGCGGCUCGCCGCCGAAGAUCCCGCCCAACGCCACGCUGCAGUUUGAGGUCGAGCUGUUCUCGUGGAAGUCGGCGGCGGACUUGACCGACGACGGCUGCCUGCAAAAGUACGUGGUGACCAAGGGCGCCGGGUGGCGCAAGCCGCGGGCACCGUACCGGGUCAAGGUCAAGGUUGUGCAGCUUGACGAUGCGGGAGCGACGCCUGCGGCCGACGAGGCCGAGACCCUGGUCGACGCCGCCGAGCCGGUGAGCCUCACGCUCGGCUCGGGCGCGUCGCCGACGCUCGAUAUGGUCCUCCCCGAGAUGGCCGAGGGCGAGGUGGUGCGGCUGGUGGCGUCGGGUGUCUCGCCCGGGCACUACCUCCGCCCGCAGCUCGCGGCUGGCAUCCACAUGCCCGACGACCCCAACGACGAGACUGCGUCGCGGGCGUACCUUGUCAAGCUCUUGGGGUGGGCCAAGGUCGAGGACGUGUCGGCGGACAAGGACGGCUCGCUCAUGGCCGAGUUUGUGGCCGAGGGCGAGGGCUACGCCGGCGAGGGCGAGGGCGCGGAGGUGCUGGCCGAGGCCUCCUCCGACGCGCCGCUGGUCUUUGACAUCGACGCGGCGGAUCCGAACGUGCCGGCGGUGCUCGACACGCUGGCGCGGUCGAUGGCCAAGGGCGCCGAGCUUGUGGUCCGGGCGGCGCCGAGCGCGGUGCCUGACGCGGUCCGCGAGGCCGCCGGCGACGGCGUCGAUGCCUUUACCAUCACCGCCAGCAUGCUCGCGUUUGAGAACGAGCCGUACGAGACGGCCAUGAACGAGGCGCAAAAGUUCGAGUUCGCGGGCAAGCGCAAGGCCGAGGGCAACCGGCUUUACGGCGCCGGUGACUACGCACGCGCCGCCGAAAAGUACGCCAAGGCGCUCAAGUACUUUAAGGCAUCGGCGACCGACGCGGCGCCUGAUGCGUGGUCGAGCUCGGACGACGAGGGCGACGACGAGGGUGGCGCCGACGCCGACGCGACCGGGCCGUCUGCCGACGAGAAGAACAACCUCAUUCUCACCUGCCACCUCAACGAGGCGGCGUCGCAGCUCAAGCUCGCCGACGGCGCGGCCAAGGCCGUCGCGUCGUGCUCGGCGGCGCUCCAGCUCGACAGCACCUCGCUCAAGGCCUGGUUCCGCCGGGCGCAGGGCAACAUGGCGCUCCACGAGUACGACGCCGCUGAGGCCGACUUUGCCAAGGUCCUCGAGCUGGAUCCGGAGAACAAGGCUGCGGCCAAGGGCAUCAAGCGGGCCAAGGCGUUCGCUGUCAAGGAGAAGAAGCGGCAGAAGAACCUGUACGCCAAGAUGUUCGGCUGA